CUCAACGGUUCUACGGUUAAUUCAGUGCUGUUUCAAGACGCUGCUCGUUGCGCUGUCGUCUGUUGAAGACACUGCUCGUUGCACUGUCGUCUGUGUUAACAGUCACCCCGAUCUAUUCCCAGAGACAACACUGGUGCCGGUGAUGCCAUCAGCGCGGUCCAGCUCUGCCUCCCAGAAGAAGCAGCGGCGCAGAAGAGGAGGGGACAGUGCUGCCAGGCUCCAGCCUUUGCCCUCAGCCUGUAGGCCAGGCCCCAGCCGAGGCAGCAUGAAGGUGGGCAUGCGUGUGGUGCGUGGCCUUGACUGGAAGUGGGGAAACCAGGACGACGGAGAGGGGCAUGUGGGCACGGUGGUGGAGAUCGGUCGGCAGGACAGCACUACGACCCCGGACAAGACGGUGUUGGUUCAGUGGGACAGUGGCACACGGACCAACUAUCGUACUGGAUCUGAGGGAGCCUACGACCUGCUGCUGUACGAUAACGCUCAAAUUGGGGUGCGUCACUCCAUUGUCAUUUGUGACAGCUGCAAGACGCACGGCAUCAUGGGAAUGAGAUGGAAGUGCAAGGUGUGCUUCGGCUACGACCUGUGUACUCAGUGUUACAUGAACAAAAAGCACAAUCUCAGCCAUCCCUUUGAACGUUACGAGACGGCACACUCCCAACCAGUGAGUUUGACACCGAGGCAGAACCUCCCUCGCAUCAUCCUCAAAGGAAUCUUCCCGGGAGCUAAAGUGGUUCGUGGACCAGACUGGGACUGGGGCAACCAGGACGGUGGGGAGGGUAAGGUUGGGACGGUAGUGGACAUUCGCGGUUGGGACACAGAGUCUGGUCGCAGCGUGGCUUGGGUCACCUGGCCUAACGGGACCACCUAUGUCUACACAAUGGGUCAUGAAGGCAAAGUAGACCUCAAAUAUGAAUCGGAUGGCCAAGGAGGCUUCUAUUACAAGGAUCACCUACCGAAGCUUGGAGAACACGCAGAGCUACAGCGGCAGGAGAGUGCUGACGGCCACUCCUUUCAGCAAGGAGACAAGGUGAAAUGUCUCUUAGAGGUGGACAUCCUGAGACAGAUGCAGGAAGGUUACGGAGGAUGGGACUUCAAAGUGGCUGAGUACAUUUGUCGGGUCGGGACGGUUGGGACGGUUCGUAGAAUAACGGACCAAGGGUGCGUCCAGGUCCAGUACAGCAACAACAUCCGCUGGACUCUCCACCCAGGCGCACUCACAAAGGUCAACACAUUUGGAGUUGGCGAACUAGUGCGAGUGCUGGAGGAGAUGGAGACGGUGAAGAGACUGCAGGCCGGUCAUGGAGAGUGGACAGACAGCAUGAUUCCUGUUCUUGGCCAGGUCGGCAAGGUGACGAAGGUGUAUGCAGAUGGAGACCUACGAGUUGCAUUUGGAGGCCAGACAUGGACUUUUAACCCAGCAUGCCUUGCAGCUCAGCCUGCGGAGGUAGAUGCCAGCCUCGUGAGGGCUGAGAACCCCAUCAAUCCUGGAAGUAUUAUCAUCCCAUAUCUGAAGAAGCUGCUGUCUGAGUUCAAGGAACAGAACAACCCCAGCCGGCUGGUCACUGAAGCAGCGCAUGGCAGUGUCAGCAAAGUGCAGGAGUUGUUGCAGAAGUAUCCUGACAAGGUGAGUGCAGCACUCCUGUUUGCUGCAGUCUGCUGUCCGUUCCAAGACGGGGUGGGGGAGGCUCAAAACUUGUUUAGAACAAACUAAGCACUUUGACAUAUUACCAGUCUGAUUAAAUUACUAAUUUACUCCUAUUAUAUUAGCAUAAUGAAGACUGAAGUGAGGCAAUGACCAGCAGGGUGGUGCUAGCCCAGUUCUCUCAAAAGCUCCUCUUUUGCUUAUAGAAUAAAAAAAUAACUGAGUUCCAUUUCUGUAGAGUUCAACUCGAGUUCCUCUUAUUAUUUUUAAGUAUUUAAUCAUUUAUCAUUUAAAUUGACCAUUGACAGAUAAAAAAAAUCCAGAUGCCCUCCAUGUAAAAUCACAACUUUAAUCCAUGAGAAUUUAAACCAUUUUUGUGCAAAUUUAGGAUUAUUCAAUCUGUCCUUGAAAAUGUGUGAAUGAAAUGUUAGAAAAUAUUCAUUUUGUUCUUUAAGUGUCUUUAUUUUUGGAAAAGUUGACUUCUUUCUUUUGGCUAACUCUUUGACAUUAUUCUCAACAUUUUGGAGAUUUUUCUCUGAUUUUUCAAUUUUCUUGCCUCUAUGACUAUUUUCUUUAUCUACAUCAACACAAAAAUAGCGCUGUAAUCUUGUGUGUUUGUAAGAUUUUUAACUAAUAUUUAAAAUGCGUUUUGUGUUCUUUUUGGUUCAGCUAGUUACUCUGUUAUCAGACACGUCUGUCACCAAGUAGAUGUAUUUUAGGAAAUGUUACAGUCCGUCAAAAUAAACUGUCAAAUACGGGAACUAUCCGGUCCACACAGCACACGCCCUGCUUUUAACUGUUUUUCCGUUACUGUAAAUGAGGGAAAAACAAAUUAAUCGGAUCAUGCACAUCUUUUAUCACAUUGGUCAGGAUUGACACACUUUGUUUUCAUUUAGUUUUUAACCCUUUAACGCCAAGGCGUCACCAGGAUCACCGGUGACACCUUGGCGCAUGUGAUUUCAAAUAACUCCUCACUACUUAAACUAUAAAAUUCUUUAAAAAAAUAUAAAGGAGCUACUGUAUGAUGCUAAGGGUUACUGAAAUCAAGGCCGUUUCAUAUUCUAUUCUCCUCGCUAAUCAGGCAGUGAUCGAGGUCGCUUUUCUAAGAGAGACCUGAAUGAUAAAUAUUAACACAAUCGAAGAAACUCCUCCAAAUGUCUGACUUGCCUUGCUUUGGUUUUUGUGUCAUAAAGGCCUUGUUUCAGCUUCUUUUCAACAUCAGUUGCCGACUCCAUCAUACUCAUCCCGAUCCCGCACUGUUUCUUUUAGCCGACUGUUCCCGCCCGCAGCAAAAUUCACAACGCCCGCCCCCGCAAGAUUUGAGUUGGGUCCCGCGGGACCCUGCAGGACCCAAUCCCGAUGCAGCCCUCUAUCCUGAGGGAAGUUGAAGCAUUGCAACAACUCAGCAGGCAAUACAUUUAGUCAAAUAAACAUAAAACGUCUAUCUUAUGUUAAAGGGGUUGUUUAUAUAUAGAAUAAAUGUUUUAAAACACUAAUCUGGCCAUUAAAGAUGUUUGUUUUGGUUUAGCAACAAACCAAACAGAAGAGGUGAACAGCAGAGCAAACAGGUUUGCAGAUUAAGUUGAACUCAGCCUGUUGUGGAUAGGCGUAGCUUUGGGUCACGUGGUGUCGGUAAUAGUAAUAGUGAUUGCUAUCACCUGUUCAGGCGCGAGGGAAUGGGAGAAUGAGUGGGUGAUGGGGGGAGUCGACUUUUUGCUGACCGCUCAAGCUUAGAAUGUUUUUUAUUUAUCACUGUUUUCAACGGAUUUUAAGGCUUUGAUAACAAAUAAAGGAGUUUUUAUCCUGGAACUUUGACUUACGUUUGGAACAGCGGGCGCAUCAACAUUAUUCCCUUACUCAGCUGCUCGGCGACUCAAAGGCUUGAAAGUCGCCAACACAGCCACUUGUUUACGUGUUCUAAAGCAGCGAUCAGACUCACGGUUAUUUAAGCGGGUUUGUAAGUUGCUGUUUCUUCAGCUCUCAGCCUCAUUUCUCCAGUGCAAUAUCUGUUUAAUGUGGGAUUUUUCAGUGGAAGUCCCAAGAAUUUCAACAUCCCCGCUGAAGUCCUGAAGCAGGGUCAAAAGAUCCUUAGUCCACACGGAUGACUCUGAUAGCUCCAAUUAGCAUCCCUUCAUUUGUAAAUGUGGCCAUUGCCAGAGGAAUCAGCAUGGGGCAGGAGAGAUGAAUUCACACAAAAGUCACAUGAUGUUGUGCCGCAUUAUCCAGGUCAUUUUGCCAAAUGUGAGAGGACUAGAAACAUGAGACAUGAAAACAUAAGAGAAGUUUUCACUGUUUUGAUAGAGAUAUGGCAUUUUGCUGCUGUUCCAUGGUGCUUUGCUAAACCAUAUAGAGGAUUUUGCCAAAUACACCUUGAAUUUUGAGAAUGUCAUCUCAGUUUCGAGAAAUGAGCCAAACUAAUUGAAAAAAAAAACCAACCUGUAAAAAUCAACUUAAAAUUGUUCAAAAGUUGGGGAUAAGUUGGUUCAAAGACUGAGUGUAAGCUGCUCCUGAGAGUGUCUGCCCAUCCCCCAGCUGCAUUUUUUGCAGGG